GGAACAGUAUACGUACUGAGAUUCCGUUCUGCACCGGUAGCUAUCGGAAUGAUGGUAACCAAAGAGCUGGACAAGCCAGAAUCCAGAGGAAUGGAGGAACUGCCCGGCGUGGGCAUCUAGACAAAUGAGCUCUCCAAACUGUCUUCGGCUCUAUCCUUACAGACGGAAGGACGCUCAAGUUGUCUGGAUGUGGGGAGUGGAUAACUCCAUUUUCCGGAAAUGUGCUUUUCCGCGAAUCCCUGUCCUUGAAGUUCAGCUUGCCAUAUACCGGCGCGACGCUGAAAACAGCAUGCUUCUGAUGUAACCCCUCCACUUAGCUGUAAAAACACAGUAAUCAGAACUGCUUGGCAUCUUCCUGAACAAGACUUAAUAGGGGCCAGUAUGCUUCACUACAUCCAGAGGUUUUCUCAAGCAUCUUCAAAGAUGCUGAAGUACCCAUUCACAAUGAGCAUGGGAACCAGAAGAAUAGAUGUACUUUCUCUGAAGACAUCCCUUCAAAAGAACCUAUCCCUUUUGUUUCCAACCCCUUAUCUUUUCCCAUCAUUUCCAGGGUGUAUGAACAAGACACGAUGGUAUCAUACAUCCCCAUGCAGCUUUAAGAAGAAGCAGAAGCAAGCAGUACUUCCAGCCAGGCCACCAAGCACCAUCACUUACCUGCCUGAUAGCCCAAAGCCAGCAUUAUAUAUAACUCUGGCAGGACUAAUCCCUUUCAUUGCUCCACCAUUGGUCAUGGUCAUGACAAAGACUUAUAUUCCCGUAUUAGCUUUUACUCAGAUGGCUUAUGGAGCCAGUUUCCUAUCUUUCUUGGGAGGGGUCAGAUGGGGUUUUUCUCUGCCAGAAGGUAGUCCAGCCAAACCAGACUACCUUAAUUUAGCUAAUAGUAUAACUCCUAUUGUGUUUUCAUGGUUUGCCUUCCUUAUUUCUGAAAGACUCAGUGAAGCCAUAGUCUUAGUAAUAAUAGGUUUGGGGAUAGCAUUACAGGUUGAACUUUUUCUCUUGCCCCAUUAUCCCAACUGGUUCAAGGGCCUAAGAAUAGUUGUCACUUUAGUGGCUUUUUUUUCAUUUGUAGUCACUUUACUACUUGAAAAUAUUUAUCCAGAGAAAGGACCCAAGAGACCUGGUCAAGUAGAAUAAAUAUAAAACUGUUUUGUAAAGUU